GGUUUCCCCGGAGUAGCGCAAGGCCCGACAAAUUUGGAGCAUCAUCGUCGUCACUUCCCGUCUCGCGGUCGUCAAGCAUCACGCCCACGCCUAUCUCGAUUUGCCCUUUGUUGUCGCCGUUCCCGUCCUUCCCGCCUUAACAUAAUCGAAGAUGGAUCACUCUCGCGACCCCUGUCCCUGGGUCAUCCUGAAUGACUUCGGUGGUGCUUUCGCCAUGGGCGCUGUCGGUGGUGCGGUAUGGCACGGUGUGAAGGGCUUCCGCAACUCUCCCUACGGCGAACGACGCAUCGGCGCCAUCACAGCUAUCAAGGCGCGCGCUCCAGUUCUCGGCGGUAACUUCGGUGUAUGGGGAGGACUUUUCAACACAUACGACUGCGCAGUAAAGGGCAUACGAAAGAAGGAAGACCCAUGGAACGCUAUCAUUGCAGGAUUCUUCACCGGAGGCUCCCUCGCCGUACGAGGAGGAUACAAGUCGAUGCGAAAUGGCGCAAUAUCGUGCGCCAUCCUUUUGGCUGUCAUCGAAGGCGUCUCGAUCGGGUUCAACCGCAUGAUGGCCGAUAACACCAAGCUCGAGGCUCCCCCGCCACCACCCACAGACGCUGGUGCAUCACCAAGUGGCGGCCUUGCUCUGGCCGCGUAAGCAAUUUUUCCGACAUAAUGGCCCAAAAGUGGGAGUUUAUAAUUUCAGGACGUUCAGCAUCUGUUGGGACGAGUGGAUGUCAUUUCGAUGGUUUGCAUUUACCGCGCCAGAUUUGGGCGGUCGGCGUUCGCACUCUCCUCAGCUAAUGUGCUAUACCUUGUAUCAUACCGACAUGAUCUGUACAACUAGCGGCGGCGUCUCGAGACGGAGACAUGGGCUCAUAGAAAGCUGUUCAGCACCCCCACUUGCUCCCGUCCAUUUUCUGGCACUCAGGACAGGCACU